GGCCCCAGGCGGGGCGGGCGUUGCCGGGAGGCGGAGGGCAGCUCGGCCGCGAGUCCUGCGGCGAUCGCUAGCAUGUGUGCGUGCGCGUGUUUAUCUGAGGCCGCGUGCGGCGGGAGCCCUGUCGCCUCCUGCUCCGGCUAACUCGGGUCGGAAACCGGUGCCUAGCGACAGCGACACCUAGCCCGGAGCCGACCCACUCCUCCCCGCCGAGCGGGCGCCCCCAGAUCGCGCCCUCUCCUUGGCCCGCCUAAAGGGGACAACUCCGGCCCCUAGCCCUGGCCGUGAGGGAGCGCCGUGGGGACGCGCCGCCCUCCGCCUGGAAGUGUUGGGCAGGUGGUGGGAGUUCCUAAGGCUUGAACAACAGGAUUUUAAAGCACGUGUCUGUCUCUAUCAUUUUUACUUUUAGGGUUUUGGCCAAAUUGGGCGAGGGCACAAUAUAACCACUUACCCCUUCUCACCGAGGAAGAACGGGAGAAAGGGUAUGGCACAGUCACAAGGCUGGGUGAAGAGAUACUUCAAAGCCUUUUGUAGAGGCUUUUUUGUGGCGGUGCCCGUGGCAGUGACUUUCCUGGAUCAGGUCGCCUGCGUGGCAAGAGUGGAAGGAGCAUCAAUGCAGCCUUCUUUGAAUCCUGGGGGAAGCCAAUCAUCUGAUGUGGUGCUUUUGAAUCACUGGAAAGUGAGGAAUUUUGAAGUACAGCGUGGUGACAUUGUGUCAUUGGUGUCCCCUAAAAACCCGGGACAGAAGAUCAUUAAGAGAGUGAUUGCUCUUGAAGGAGAUAUUGUAAAAACUAUAGGACACAAAAACCGGUAUGUCAAAGUCCCCCGUGGUCACAUCUGGGUUGAAGGUGAUCAUCAUGGACACAGUUUUGACAGUAAUUCUUUUGGUCCGGUUUCCCUGGGACUUUUGCAUGCCCAUGCUACACAUAUCCUGUGGCCUCCAGAGCGUUGGCAGAAAUUGGAAUCUGUUCUUCCUCCAGAGCGCUUGCCAGUUCAGAGUGAAGAGGAAUGACUGCAUGGGUCUCCCUGAGCUGCUAGCAUUGGAAGGUCAACACCAUCAAUCACAGGCAGAGGGAUGGAGAAGAGGAACCUCCAAAAAGGGCAAAGCUUCCAACAGAAGGAUGCUGUGAAAGAACAUUUCUAUUACAUUAAGAUGAUCUGUAUUAUUAAAGAAAGAGUUUUUAAAAAUUAAAUAGUAUUAAAUGGCACCUGAUUUUGUGUUAAGUUAUAACACCCUAUGGUUUAAUGCCAAAAAAAAAUGCAAAUCUUUGGAAAUAUGAAAAUUUUAUUCUCAUAUGUCUUCUAGGGGAUAAAUCUGAGAUUAUUUGUCAUGCAUACUUAUUCUGUUGAUUGUUGGGUUUUGAUUUUGGUGCUUGCUGCUGAAGAAAUAUGAAAAUUAAUAUUUGAUGGAAGUAAUUGAGUAAUUUACUCUUAAGAUGGAACACGAAGAAACAUAUUGUACACACAGUGAUAGAAAUUAUGUUGUAAUUGACAGUAUCUAGAAUGCAAUGACUGCCAGUUAGAAAGAACAGUCAACUGUCAUGUAAAAAUAAAACAGAUUUGCU